CAACUCCAUGGGGUCCUUAGCACACGUUUUUGUUUACAACCACGUCACCAGGAAAUGCAUUCAGAAGUGUCAAAAUGUUGAGACAGGACUCCCAGGACACCGAAGCCCCUCUGUUUGGUGAGGAUCCUGACCCAACAGGCCACAGAAAAAACAAAAUCAGCAGGCAUCCUAUGGCCACAUUCUUCCACCUGUUCUUCCGCACAUGUGCCAUCCUGGUCUACUUGCUGUGUGACAUCUUCAGCAGCAGUUUCAUUGCGUGUAUGGUCACCAUCAUUUUGCUGCUGUCUUGUGACUUCUGGACAGUCAAGAAUGUGUCUGGCAGAUUGCUGGUGGGCCUCAGAUGGUGGAAUCAAGUGGAUGAAGAUGGCAAGAGUCGCUGGGUGUUUGAAUCAAGAAAGGUGCAAAGUCGAAAAGCUGCCUCUGCUGCUGAAUCCCGAGUCUUCUGGCUUGGCCUCAUUGUCUGCCCAAUGUUCUGGGUCAUUUUCGUGUUCAGCACUAUCUUCUCUUUGAGGAUUAAGUGGCUGGGUGUGGUAAUUAUGGGAUUGGUUUUACAAUGGGCCAACCUGUAUGGCUAUGUCAAAUGCAAGAUGGGUGGAAAGAACAACCUAAGAGACGUGGCAAGGACCUAUCUUGGUGUCCAGAUUUUUAAACAGGCAAUAGGAAAAGCAGAAGGACCUUAGAGUUAAAGAUGAAGAAUGAGGACCAUCUGCAAUGUGAGAUGGAGUGGAAUGACAGGCACACAUGCUUACUUAGUUGCUUACUAAGUAACUUUGUUCAGUUGAACAGGUGGCUGAUAUGUCUUUUCUGAGGGUAUUAUGGGCAUUAGUAAAUAUUCUUUUAUUUUGGUUAAUAUUGUUUGUGUAUUUCCUGUUAUUUUUCCUGUCAGAUCAAUAAUUGCUAAAUUAAUUGCCACGUCUUUUUAAAAAAAUAUUCUAGGAAAAUUUUAUUAUAUAAUUUUUGAGAUUUCAUUGCACACAGCUGCUUUGUCUGGUGGAUGCCAUUAGUGUUGGUGCAUGGUGCAGGUCAAGGGAUAUUUUUAUUAAUUCAACACUGGCAGUCUUACUGGUUUGUUAAUGGUCUUUAAGCUUGUUGAAUAAUUAUGUAACUAGAAGCAACAUCCAAACCCCUGAUGAAGAAAAACAUAGAACUAAAGUUGCAAAGGAAUGGAUCUGAGGUCACAUUGCAACGGGUGAGAGAAGGUGAGCAAAUGACCAGUUUUAGUCUUGUCUGUCAGCUCGGGAAGCUUGGCUCAAUGCCCAGUAGCCUACAGUGUUGAUAUCUGCCUGGGGAGGAGCAUGAUUUCAGGCUUUUUACAGUUGUGUCAGUUUGGCAUAGAUUCAAAAAGCAGCUUUUCAGUAAAAGUCUUGCAUUUUACUGUAACUACCAACACAUAAUCUUUUUCCACCAAAUUACUGAGAAAAGUGAUCAGUGUGGUUUUCCCUCAAAAAGCCAAAUUUACCUGAAAACUGUGAUGGUUUUUAAUAAGUUUUAAUGUCUGUGUCUUUUUUGUCAUAUUGUGUCUUUUGUUUUUGGUCAGUGGUGUCAAACAGGUUUCCCCUGUGGGGAUUAAUAAAGUUCAGUCCUAUCUUUUCCUAA